AUGGCUCCGCCCGCCAUCAUCGCCCCGUCUAUUCUCAGCGCCAACUUCGCAGAUCUCGGCCAUGACUGCAAAAGAAAGAUGGAGCAAGGCGCCGACUGGCUCCACGUCGACAUCAUGGACGGCCACUUCGUCCCAAACAUGACCAUCGGGUGUCCUGUCGUUUCUCAAAUCCGCGGCUGCGUCGACCGUCCGCUUGAGCCUUGUGCUCGCGGCACAUUUGACUGCCACAUGAUGAUUAUGGAGCCUCAUAAGUGGGUGAAGGAGUUCCAGAAAGCUGGUUGCGAUCUUUAUUGCUUCCAUUAUGAAGCUGCUGUUUCUUCCGUGGCUGCUACCGAUCCUACCGAUAAGGAGACAACCCAGCGCACUUCGCCGCGCCAAUUAAUCAAGUAUAUUCACGACGAGGGAAUGCAGGCUGGUAUUGCUAUCAAGCCCGAUACCCCCGUUGAUGUGCUGUGGGAUAUUUUGGAUAGCCCCGAUCUGUCUGAGCGACCCGACAUGGUCCUCGUUAUGACAGUCCACCCCGGUUUCGGCGGUCAAAAGUUCAUGGCCUCCGAGCUUCCUAAGGUCACGGCCCUGCGCGAACGCUAUCCCGAACUGAACAUCGAAGUCGACGGUGGUCUCGGUCUCGGAACGAUCGACCAGGCUGCUGAUGCAGGUGCCAAUGUCAUUGUGGCUGGUUCUGCGAUCUUUGGCGCGCAGGAUCCCGCUGAUGUCAUUGCGAAAUUGAGAGAUGCUGUUCAAAAGCGGAGAGGUCUUGAGGCUGGUUCUGCUUAA